UUCUCUUCAGUCCCCAAUGGUUACCUAAUUCACCAUCAUCAUUUUCUAGAAGCUAUUUCUCUCUCUUUCUCCAACUCUCCUAAAGUUCUAUUUAAAGGGGUCCCUUCUCCUCUCGUUUCUCAUUGCAUUCGUCCGUUGCUUAAUCCCCCCCGUUCAUUAUUUCAUUUACUUUGUUUCUCUUGCUCUCUUUGCUCCAUUCGGUUUUGGUUUGGUGAUCCUUGAGAGAUAUUAGGUCUGAAGUUGAAUUGCAUCGCAGUCAAAAAUCAGAACUUUACUGACAAGCUUGAUAAAUCAUCAAAGUUUGGUUCAUCUUUGUGCGGCUUGAAGUUGGAAAGAAGAAGCCAGCCAUGGGUGAUCGCGCUUUGACUCGCGUCCACAGUGUUCGAGAGCGUGUAGGAGAUAGCCUCUCUGCUCACACUAAUGUAUUGGUUGCCCUCUUCUCAAGGCUUGUUAACCAAGGAAAGGGUAUGCUCCAACCCCAUCAACUGUUAGCUGAAUACGAAGCCGUGAUAUCUGAAGAAGAGAGGAAGAAGCUGAAGGAUGGGGCUUUUGAAGAUGUCAUCAGAGCAGCACAGGAAGGGAUAGUCAUACCUCCAUGGGUUGCUCUUGCUAUUCGCCCUAGGCCUGGAGUCUGGGAAUAUGUGAGACUAAACGUUAACGAACUUCGAGUAGAGGAACUCACAGUGCCUGAAUACUUGCAGUUUAAGGAACAACUUGUCGAAGAAAACCCUGAUAAUAAUUUUGUAUUGGAAUUGGAUUUUGAGCCCUUCAAUGCUUCAUUCCCUCGUCCUUCACUGACGAAGUCUAUUGGUAAUGGAGUCCAGUUCCUUAACCGUCACCUCUCUUCCAAAUUGUUCCAUGACAAGGAAAGCAUGUAUCCACUGCUUAACUUUCUUAGGCAGCACCACUAUAAUGGAACUACAAUGAUGCUGAACGAUAGAAUUCAAAGCCUGAGUGCUCUUCAGUCUACAUUAAGGAAGGCAGAAAAGUAUCUUUUGAGCAUUCCACAAAACACACCAUACUCUGAUUUCACCCACAGAUUUCAAGAGCUUGGCCUGGAAAAAGGUUGGGGUGACACAGCUAAACGUUCAUAUGACACAAUUCAUCUGCUACUCGAUCUUCUCGAGGCCCCUGAUCCUUGUACCUUAGAGAAAUUUCUUGGCACCAUUCCAAUGGUCUUUAAUGUUGUCAUCCUUUCUCCUCAUGGAUACUUCGCUCAAGCUAAUGUUUUGGGCUACCCCGAUACUGGUGGCCAGGUUGUUUACAUUUUGGAUCAAGUUCGUGCCUUAGAAGAAGAGAUGCUUCUUAGAAUUAAGCAGCAGGGUCUCAAUAUCACACCUAAAAUUCUAAUUGUGACGAGAUUGCUUCCCGAUGCUGUGGGGACCACCUGUGGCCAGCGACUUGAAAAGGUUCUUGGAACUGAGCAUACACAUAUUCUUCGAGUUCCAUUUAGAUCGGAGAAAGGAAUUCUUCGCAAGUGGAUUUCACGUUUUGAGGUGUGGCCUUACCUCGAGACCUAUACCGAGGAUGUUGCAAAUGAGUUGGCUCGAGAGUUGCAGGCGACCCCAGAUUUGAUUAUUGGAAACUAUAGUGAUGGAAAUAUCGUUGCAUCUCUCUUGGCACACAAGUUAGGAGUUACUCAGUGUACUAUAGCUCAUGCGUUGGAAAAAACAAAGUAUCCAAACUCAGAUAUUUACUGGAAGAAAUUUGAGAACCAGUACCAUUUCUCCUGCCAAUUUACAGCUGAUCUCUUCGCCAUGAAUCACACCGAUUUCAUCAUUACAAGCACCUUCCAAGAGAUUGCCGGAAAUAAGGAUACAGUUGGUCAAUACGAAUCCCACACCGCCUUCACUCUUCCUGGUUUAUACCGAGUAGUUCAUGGAAUUGAUGUCUUUGAUCCAAAGUUCAAUAUUGUCUCUCCUGGUGCUGACAUGUCCAUCUACUUCCCUUACUAUGAGGAGAGCAGGAGGCUGACAUCUCUUCACGCAGAAAUUGAAGAGCUCCUCUUUAGUUCUGUCGAGAAUGCUGACCACAAGUUUGUGCUGAAGGACAGGAACAAGCCCAUAAUCUUUUCAAUGGCAAGAUUGGAUCGCGUUAAAAACAUAACGGGUUUGGUUGAGUUGUUUGGUAGGAACCAACGGCUCAGAGAGCUAGUUAACCUUGUAGUGGUGGCUGGUGACCAUGGCAAGGAGUCUAAGGAUAAGGAAGAGCAAGCAGAGUUGAAGAAGAUGUAUAGUCUCAUUGAGGAGUACAAGUUGGAUGGUUCGAUCCGUUGGAUCUCUGCUCAGAUGAAUCGGGUUAGAAAUGGAGAACUGUAUCGAUAUAUCUGUGAUACUAAAGGGGCCUUUGUACAGCCGGCGUUCUAUGAAGCAUUUGGACUCACAGUUGUCGAGGCCAUGACAUGCGGUUUACCCACAUUCGCAACGUCCCAUGGUGGGCCCGCAGAGAUAAUAGUCCACGGAGUUUCAGGCUUCCACAUUGAUCCGUACCAAGGCGACAAGGCUGCUGAGCUCCUUGUGGACUUCUUUGAGAAAUGCAAUCAAGAUCCAACCCACUGGGAGAAAAUCUCUAAAGGAGGCCUUAAACGUAUCGAAGAAAAGUAUACUUGGAAGUUGUACUCUGAGAGGCUAAUGACAUUGGCUGGUGUUUAUGGAUUCUGGAAGUAUGUCUCCAAUCUUGACCGUAGAGAGACACGUCGUUAUCUUGAGAUGUUCUAUGCCCUCAAAUACCGCAACUUGGCACGAUCGGUUCCUUUGGCUGUUGAUGGAGAGAGCGCGAUGAACGGAACCAAAUAAAAGAGAGAGAGAGAGAGAGGCGAGCUCUGUAGUUUGUUUGGCUGUUAGGGUUAAAAGAUUUUCUUCGCUCAAUUGUAUUUUUCAUUGUUCCUUCGCACGAGCUCGAUUUGUUAUCUGAUUGAAGACAGUUUGGUGCUUUCUUGAUGUUAUUGUGGCGGCAUAAGGCUUCAAUGCCAAAGUAUUUGCAAUUUAAAAUCUGUCGUUUCCUA